UCAGGUUACUGUCUUCAGUUAGACUGGUGUACAUAUACGUAUGUAAUAAACUUUUAUUAUUUAUUUUAUAAUAAUGAUAAUCAUUAUUUAAUAUUAGUUAUUCAGGGAAUAAUCCCAUCGAGAACCUCUGUCCAUACUAGGGAUAAUAAUAUGGAAUAUUUGCAGAAUUUCCUUCCGUCUUCAUACGUGUAUAAGUUGAUAGAUUUCUUUGAAAUUACUGAGCAUUUGCAAGGAUUUGAAGCUAAUAUUAGAGCCAACAUCUAUUCAAAGGCAGAAGCUGAAUCUUGGCUUGAUGAUUUCGAAAGUCUAAAUAAAGUAAAUUUUAGGGUUCUAAGAACUUAUGCCCAUGGAGAAUUAAAGCUCGUUUUUAAGAAAGAUUAUAGAUGCCAUCAUAACACAGGAGCAAGUCUUAAAUCAUCCAAAACAAAAAAUCCAUCCUCAAAACAUGUUAACUGUCCCGCUUUCCUAAGAAUUACUGUGAAGAAAUGUGGCAUGAAAAGAAGUCAAGAUAAGCUUUUAAAUACAUAUCCAUGUGAAUUGACUAUUAGACAUAUUCACAAUCACUUACUGGAGUCUGCAGAUGUUUUAAGACAUCGCAGACCUACCAAAGAAACUGAGGAAAAAAUACUGGAGUUAUUUGCAAUAGGUCAUUCUCCAUCCUCAGCACUAGAUUUAUUAAAAUAUGAUUUACAAGAAGAAUAUGGUAGUGAAUAUAAUAAAAUUGCAGCAGAUGGUGCACUCUGUCCUAAAUUGCAGUGGGUAUUUCACAAAUAUCAUACUAAGUUUAAAAAAGCACAUAAAGCAUCAGAUGAGUUUUCAAACUCACAUAUAUCAUCGCCUAGUUCUCCUUUACCAACAGACAGGUCAGAAGAGCCUUCAGAUAAUGAUAAUUUGAACCAAGAGAGAUUUAUUAGCAUCCAACAAAACCUCCAAAGGGUUUUUGACAAAUUACUGCAAGAUGUACAAGAAGAUCCUCAUAUUUUAGAUGCCACAGAGAAGUUCAUUCAAAAUUUUGAUAAUAUCAAAACAAAUUCAGCACUGAUCUCUAGUUUACAUAUGUUUGGAAAACAAAAUAUGGAAAUCAUUGAUGUGCAACUAACAUCAGAAAAAGCAAAGCUACAGCAUACAUGUACUCCAGGAAAACAUGGCUAUUUACUAGUAGAAGAUGCUGAUGGGGAUUCUCAGUGGUUAGUGCCUCUAAAAAAAAUAAGAAAGGAACCACAAUCUCUAAGUGUAGGUCAAAACAUAACAUUAAAGAAAAACCAGUAAAUUAAAGCACCAAAAUGUAGGGUUACAAUUGAGUUAUAAAAAUGAUCCUGUACCAAAUGAAACCAAAAAACCAUGAAACCAAUCCUAGUUCUUUUUGAUGAUGAUGAUGCCUAGAGUUCUUUUUGGUACAUGAGAAUCCUGAUGAAAAAAGUGAAGUACAAAAUUAUAUUUUAAAGAGAGACUGAGAAGACAUGAUAGAGUCAGAAGACAUGGUAAAGGAAAUAAAAAGAAGGUUAUCCAAGGAUGUAGUAGGCAUGAUUAAAAAUAUUUUUUUUUGUGUAAAUAAAGACUUAGUACUUGAAACAAUUAUUUCAUUGUUAAAAAUAU